AUGAGUGUCACAACGCAUAUCGCCGAAGUGAUUCGGCAGGGAAUUUGGGCGUCAUUGACGGGUGGAUGGUACUAUGAGCCGAGCUAUUCGAUAUUCUGCAACACCGUUCAUGUCUAUGUAUGGCUGAUUCUCAUGGUGGUGCCGCUUCUGCUCGGCAUCUUCGCCUCCGGAUCGAUAAGUGUUGGCACGGCGGUUGCCUACACGGGCUUCAUUGUGUUUCUGUUCACAUUUAUCAAGGUUUCAAUUUCCUAUUUUCACAUGAUUUUCGACACCACUGAUCCGAUCGUCGUCACUCGCACAAUCAAUGACUCCAUUGAGGAAAUGUUCAGGGAUAGCGAGCAGAAUUCCGAGCAAAAUAUGGAUAUUGAGAUGAUUGAGCUCAGAGAUAUGGGCUAUAAUUUGAGAGGGUCUGAACGCGCUCUGGAUCGAGAUCGAAGCCGCGAUCGAGAGAGUAGCGGAGGAAGGCAUCAAGGAACGGCUUCUGCCUCGUCUUCGAGACGCGUUCGAAUUGAGGAUGAGAAUAGCUCGGCGGCGCAAGCUGAUGAUAAAUCCGACAUUGAUUCGAAGAUCAAGGAAGCUGAGAAUGAGGAUGAAGAAGAUAUUGAAGAUCGCUCUGAGCCAACACUGGCACAACGGAAUAGUUCUUCAGGCAAAAUGAGCCGGAAAGGCUCGGAGCCGGUCAUGACACAAAUCGGAUCAUCGGUCGACGUUUUGGAGAAACGACGGAGCUCAGUUCCUUGUGGGAUAUUCUACAUUGGGACGAAUGAGAAGGAAGAUGACGAUGAUGAUGAUGAGAUUGACAUUUUCGCGGAGAACAAAAAAGAGGAGGAGAUUGUGGAGACGGCCGACGAGCCGAAACCGUCGACGUCUGUGCAGGAGAUCGCGUCAUCGACGGCAAGGAGGAGACCUUCACGAAGGCGUUCAUCGGUGGGCACGACGGGACGACGAAGAGCCACAAGGCGAGCUGGAUCACCGGCAGUUUUUCCGGGUGCGCUAGUGAGAAGGGACGAAUCAUCGCGGAGUGUUCCGUCGCGUGUCGGAUGGACGCCGGUGGUCGUCUCGCUUCGAGACCUGAGCCGGCCGUCGACGUCACGAUAUUCGGGAGACGACGAGGAGAAUGGCUCGGACAUUAAAGGGGAGAUCACGAAGUUCCUCGAAGAGCUCAUCGACAAACAUCCGGAAACGCUCGACGCGAUUGAGAGUGUGAGAAUGAAUAGAUUGGGUCAGCAGCAGUUGAAUUGCGCGCGCGAGCCGUCGGCAUUGGAAGCGAUUCCGCAGAGAUCCGCACGACGCGUUGGACCACCGUUGCCUGGCUGGAACUCGAAUUCCACUUCGGACCGCUAUCAGCACAUCGCGUUGAUUCACGAGGACACGACGCAAGGCGCCGUGCACUCGUUUCAAGACGAGAAUGGCACGUGGUGGACGUACACGUUCGACGAGAAUGGUGUUGGUGUUGCGCAGCCGCUCGGAACCGGACAAGCAUUGAUGGAGCUUCUGCACAAGAAGCGCGAGAAGAGCACCGAGAAGAAGCCGCGGCCCGGCGAGCUUGAAGUGCUACCGGAGAGCAUGUACGAUAGUACGGAAGAUGAGAAGAAUUCGGAUGAGGAGGAUUCCGCGGAGCGUGUCGACGAAGAGCAACAACCGUCGACGUCGAAGGAGCCGAUUCCGAUGACGAGACGAGAGCGGGCGCUGUCGUCGUCGUCUAAUGAGUCUUGCACUUAUAUGCCGCCGAUUCCUUCAAGCGUCUUCCAUGCGCCUUCGGGAUCGGGAGCGACGAGGCUACCAUCAAACCGUGGCAAUCAGAUUGUCUGCUUCUCAAACGCGUCGACGCGCCUUCGCGCGGCCCUUCGCAACGAGGGAACCAAUAAUGAUGACAACUCGGAUGCGUCUUGGCACAUGGAGCAAAUAAUGGAGCUGAUCGAGAAUAGUCAUAAUAAUCGAAGGGAGGCGAAUCGUGUUGAGACGCUGGCGCCGCCGAACGAACGCCUUUUGCAUAUGGAUAGCGCGUCGACUUCAACCGGACCAUCGUCGCGUUUCCGACUGCUAUCGGAGCUCGCGUUCGCCGGAAUGCCGCAAAACAAUCCGAUGUCGACGCCAGAUUUUGCGGCGAGACGAUCGUCGAAUAUUCGAAAAAGUUAUUACUACCAGAUGAAAAUGUUCCCCAAAGCUCAGAAGACGUUCAAUUUGAAGUUGGAUCGACCCUCGGUCGAUCGCCUAUUCGAUAGGAAUCGCGGAAUUUGGUCAUUGCUGUUUGAUGUCCUCCUGGCGGCGUUUGUCUCAUUCCUCGCUGCGUGCGUCAUCAAUGCCGACAUCUAUUUCGAUCUCGGCGUUCUGUUCUUCGCCAUCGUCGUCGCCUCGGCCCAUUUCUCGCUUCUGAAGAGCGUUCAGCCGGAUGCGUCGUCGCCAAUUCAUGGAUUCAACUGGGUUGUCUCGUAUAGUCGACCGAUUUACUUUUGCAUAUUCGCCGGCCUUCUACUCUACCUUCAUCAUCUCGCUGGCGGCAAAGAUAGCGAAGACGUUGUGCCGUGGAACUGGAAUCCGUACAGGCUUCAUCUAAUGUCAUCAACCGCUGUCGUCCUAGCGUUCCGCGAUUUUGCCGCAUUCUGUUUGUUGUUCAUGCCAGUCGCGUUCACAUUCGGCUGGUUGCCGCAGGUGAACACGCUGUUCCACCAUAUUCUGGAGCAAUUCGAAAUGCACAUCUUCGGCGGAACCGCUUCAUUCGGCGUUUUCUCGGCGAUCAUGCAGAUGCUGAAAAGCGCGUUCGUCUACGCGAUUCUCGCCUCACUAUGCCACGUGGCUUUCACGUUCUCACCCAACUCGACACAAUCGCCGAUAUUCUCGUCGUUCAUCGCUGUCACAAUCGCAUUGUCAUAUGUGUUGAGCAGAAUCUCGUCGAAUCAGAAUCUCACGAUUGUCCUCUUCGAGAUUCUGCUCACGCCGUUUCGACGAGCCGACUCGUCGCGAUCGUCGAAUUGCGCCGACAGCGAUGAGAAUGGAAACGCGUCGAGCAAUCGGUUUGCCGAUGAGAUGCCUCGAUCGAUUCGACGGACCAUCGGACAGCGGGCUCGCUACGACGUCAUCUUCACGAUGUUCCUCGUCAUGUUCUUCUUUGCGCUUCAUUCGACGUUUUUGUUCACCGCCACUCAGCCGUAUUUCACGAAAACGAUUCUAACGAUUUGCGUUGUAAUCGGCGUCGUCAAUCACUACUUGUACCAUCAACUCCGAUCGCAUACACCUUGGAAGUUGAUCUCGCAGCCGAUUUUGCGAUCCGCCGAGCACGCGCAAUUCGAAUCGCCGGACGCGGCGAAAUUGAUGAUCUUUGAGAUUAUCCAUAUGUGGAUGGUGGCCAUCGAGAGGAAUAUCCUUUACCCUCUUAUGGUCUGCUCGGUGAUGACGGAGAACAAUUGGUCACUACCGUACCCUUGGCUUCUAUACCCGCUGAUUUCGAUGCGUCUGCUGCGCGGCGGAUUCGCUCAGCCGCAACUAAUGUGCAUUCCGAUCGGAUUCGCGUUCCUCGCUUCCGCGUUUGAUCUUCGGAAUUUGAUCGGACUCAACUCAUUGAUUUCGAAACUUGCUGGAAAGAAUCUCAAUAGCUGGUCGCUUCUGCCGAUCGUAAUGUAUGUGUGCGUCCUCGUGUAUCCGAAGCUCGUCGAAUUCUAUCUGAAGAUCAAUUUCGUGCUCGUCUAUGUCGCCCCAUGGCAAAUCAGCUGGGGAAGCGCGUUCCACGCGUUCGCCCAACCGUUCUCGGUGCCUCAUUCGGCGCUGAUCGGCCUUCAGACAGCAUUCGCUAGUAUCAUCAGCGCUCCGCUCAAUCCAUUCCUUGGAUCAUCAUUCUUCACUGCUUCGUAUGUCCGGCCGAUCAAGUUUUGGGAGAGAGACUAUAACACGAAGCGAGCGGAUGCUUCGAAUAUGCGACUCGCCUCGCAGCUCGAUCGCGGCCCAAUGAUUGAUGAUAGCAAUCUGAAUGCGGUGUUCUACGAGCAUUUGACGAGAAGCCUUCAGAAGAGUCUUGCCGGCGAUCUUGCGAUGGGUCGCUGGUCGACGAGUGUCCAACCGGGCGACUGCUUCAUCCUCGCCAGCUUCUACCUCAAUUGCCUUGUGCACAUCAUUGAGGUUGGCAAUGGAUUCAUCACAUUCCAACUACGCGGAUUGGAAUUCCGCGGCACCUAUUGCCAUCAGCGAGAGGUUGAAGCGAUCUCCGAGGAUAUUCGCGACGGCACCGGAUGCUGUUGUUGCUCGCCAGGAGCUCUUCCCGGAUUCCUCUCGCUGAACACCGCGUGGGGCCUUCGCUGGCUCGCCUGGGAGGUCGUCUCCGGCAAAUAUAUCAUUGAUGGAUAUAGUAUUUCCGAUAAUUCGGCCGUCAAUCUUCUUCAGGUUCAUGAGCUGCGUCGUCUUCUCGUCACCUUAUAUGUUCAAUGCAUUAUUUACUAUGCGGUGAACUCGAAGAAAAUGAUGCAAUGGAUUGAGAAUGAGAUGAUCGCUUCGACGAUCCGAUCAAUUAUGGACAAUCCGAAAUAUACGGAUUUGGAUUCGACGUUCUGCUCGACGAAUGACGAGGAUUACGAUCCGUCGGAAGCUGGAAUUUCGCGAACGAGCUUCGCGAAAUGCUAUUCGACUUGGGUUGAAUAUUGUCUGGCGAGACGAGCUCAGACGCAUCAAGGCGAAUAUUGGGAACGUGAAGACGUCAUCUGCUUCUGCUAUCUCCUUUCGCUGGUUGCUCGCCGAUCCCUAGCCACCGCUGCUUAUAAUCGGCAUUCGAAUGCCGCUGAAUCAUUCUUGUAUGGACUUCACGCGUUGUUCAAAGGCGAUUUUCGGAUCACAUGCCAGAGAGACGAAUGGGUGUUCAGCGAUAUGGAUCUGCUUCGAUGUGUUGUUGCGCCGGCCGUCAAAAUGGCCCUCAAACUGCACCAGGACCAUUUUACGCACUUUGAAGAGUUUGAUGAUCAUGAAUCGCUGUACAAUGUGAUCGGCGAUCAUCAAACGAAAAUGUUCAUCUCGCACGAGCAGGAUCCCGGAUGGCGGAACGCGAUUCUUGCGAACACGCCGUCGCUUCUCGCGCUUCGACAUGUCUAUGAUGAUGGUCAAGACGAUUAUAAGAUCAUAAUGCUGAAUAAGAUGCAUCUCAAUAUGAGAGUUAUCAAGCUCAAUCGGGAAUGCGUUCGCGCGUUCUGGGCUGGACAACAGCAGGAGCUCAUCUUCUUGCGGAACCGAAAUCCCGAACGUGGAAGUAUUCAGAAUGCGCGUCAAGUCCUUCGGAAUAUGAUCAACAGCUCGGCUGAUCAGCCCGUCGGAUAUCCGAUCUAUGUGUCGCCUUUGACGACGUCGCAUGUUGAAUCACAUUCUCAGAUUGAGAACGUCUUCGGACCCACGUUUAGUUUUGAGGGUCUUUUGAAUUUCGGACGAAACGUGUGGCAGGGCAUUCUGAGUCAUCUCGAUCCGUCCGUGAGCACGUCGGUCAAUCAACAAUCGACGGUUAUCCAUCUCACGCCUCUUCAGCCGCCGAUUCGACCAUCGCCGCAAACGCAUCGAUCGACGGAGAAUGAGGAAGACGUUCACAUGGAGAACUCGAUUGUCGAAAUGACGAAAGACGGCGCGCGUGUGAGUGUUUUGCAGCGACGCGACACAUUUGAGCCGGCGACGCCGCCGCCCCCGCCGACGCCGCAGCAGCAGCAGCAGCAAUCGGGCGAAACGCCGGCGGCGACGACAAGCAAAUUGGCGCACAUGCUGCGGACAGUUGGCGGGUUGUCCGAAGAUCGCGAGAUGAGCAUCGGAGCAUGGGUGCAGAUUGUUGACGAAGAGCAGAUCUUCAAAUUCCUCAACGAGCCGCUCAAAUCGACGGGCGAAUGUCUGGUGGUGUGGCCGGAAGAGACGAUUCAGCGAAUGUCCGGACGCGCUGCGUGGUUGUAUCAGCCGGUGAAAGGAAUGUGCGGACGGAUUGUGUACACGUGGCAUCCGAAUCAUCCGAUUCGCGCCAAACGCAGCCAUGUCGGCGACUAUAUUCACCUCAUCGCGAUUCCAUCGAUGACGAAUGGUCUGGUGCCGGUUGCCGAGAAGGGCUGCCGACUACUGACGCCGUCGGAAUGCGCGAUUCAGGGUGCCAUCGGAACGACGACGGCGGAGCAUAUUGAAUACAUGAAUCGGGUGAAUGAUGUGCUAGUCUUGGCGCAAGUGGUUCCCGGAACCCUAUCAACACAAAAGCCAAUGAGUCUUGGCAUCGAGCCGACGACAUCGGACUCAUAA